CGGUACCUUCUUCGAACACUGUGCCGCUGCGAUCGCCUUCAAGAGGAGCGAUGGCUGGAGGCAUUCUAGUAUUGCUAUGCCUUAGCUUAUCAGAUAGAUCACAUCACAAAUGACAGUUUAAGGAGUUGAAAGUUCUAGGUUGCUUUUUUCGUGUCAGUAAUGUACCCAAGCCCGCGUGAGCAUUCCAAGUUCGCCUGGCAUAGCCCCGCGUCGGACAUAAAGUAAAGCAAACUCCCGCUGUAUUUCUGCAUUUUCAUCAUCUCAAACUACAUACUAGUACCUAACCCUAUGUACUUGCUGACUGGAAGUACUGGACGAGUCGGGCAAAAACAACACCAGCUGCCUGUCAUUAAUCGCCACAAAUCCCACGCGAUUCUAGAAUUCUCAUUUAUACGUUGAAGGGAUAAGCCUCGAUGACUGGAUGCCUUGUUCAUUUACGUUCGGCGCCAAGCCACCCGGCGCGUCUGCCCGGUCGACUCCCAACUCCCCUAUACAAGUUAACGGGGCUGCCCAGGACAUAGCCUUCGUCCGUUUGCCCGCUACGUAUAAUUCCAAUUCUUGUUGAUACUACCACGAAGAAUGAAUUCCCAGAUCACGGCCCCCUUUCCAGCCUCGUCCGGUGACCCGUCUCGACGAUUACCUUAUGUAGACUAUAUUCGGUCGUGCUAUCGGAAUGACCCGGAGGCGUUUAGCUACUAUGAAGAACUUGUCGAUUAUAUCGAGAAAAUCACGAAGAAAUCUUCCAAUUUGUGUGAGGAAAGGCCAAGGGUAUUCGAAGCCCAGUCGGUUAUGUCUCCCAUAUCAUAUCCGGCUCUGUUUCCAUUCGAUCCCUUGGAAUGGUCCGCUCACUCGGAGAAACCGCGCAUAGUGAUGUUAGAGGGAUUUCCAUCCCCCGAUGCUGUUCUGCAGCUGGCUUAUAGAUGGAACCUGCGCCCAGAAUUCUUCAUAGGGCACAUCUUUGGCAGCCAAAACAGCCAACGUGGGUUCUACAGCAUCCCGACUUUGCCCUCGAGACAAGAGAACAUCAUACGCAUCCACUUCAGCAGUUUGGUUAAAUCCUUGGCCGAAGGGACCGGCCUAGCUUCGUACCUGGAGAAGAAGUCGGAGGUGGAAGAAGCCUGUCGGCAGUAUGAAAAACGACUCCUUAGCGGGGAUCGAUACGGCGUGACUAGAUAUCGGGAAAUUCAUCAGCAUGAUACAUACUACUGUAGCGUAGAACAUAUCACAUCCUUCACGGUCGUUGUGAACAAAUCGUCAUGGGUCGCAGUUUAUCUCACGGAUCAGGGCAAAUCCCUCCUCGAAGACGUCCCCCUCCCUUGGUCAACAUAUCACGGUGGCGCCGCCUCACUCAAAAGUGGAACCGCAGUCGGUACUGUUCCAAUCGUCCCAUACAACGCCCCCAUCACCCCCAAACCCUUCGAGUACCACCACGCGGCCCGAAAUACGUCCCCCUCAUCCUCCCCCUCUCUCCCCCCAGAAAACACCAAUAACCACAACCGAAGUGGUUGCUCCUCCUCAGCCGCAUCUUUCGGGCAGCUUCAUCCACCACGGAAUAUCGUCGUCCACGACGAAAUCGACAUGCGUCUCCUAUCCGAAGACCCCUUUUACUUGCUGGCUUGCCUAUUCACAACUUCUGCGCUUUCUUUCGUUCAGCUCCUCAACUAUCUUUCCGUAAGCGUCUCCGAGUGUCGCAGUACCGAAAUUUCCCUCCUGAACGUCAAACUCGAGCGCCUGCGCCACUGCGUCAGAAUCAUCCAUCGUGUUGAGUCUGCCCUCGAUGAGAACAUGCACUGGAUAAUUCAAGGCGGCUGUGCCUCGUGGCCUCGAGUGCGCCCCGGAACGGAUACUGCUGCACGAAAAGCGGCUCUACAGACGAGGCUGCGAACUGACCACGAGGCGCUACAUCAACGGUGCAUUAUAAUGAGGCAGGAGUGCGAUUCUGCGAUGUUGUUCCUUGUGGACUACUCGCAGUUGCUCUGUGGAGAAAGAGGCAUCGCGCAGGAGGGCGAGGUCCAUGGAUUGAAUAAGCUAGCCUCGUUUUUCGUGCCGUUAGCAUUUGUCGCGACGUUGUUUGGUAUGAAUGUGAAAGAACUGCAGGGGAAUUCCGUAUCGUUAUGGACGUUUGUAACAGUAGCGGUUGUGGUUUCGGCGGCAACGUAUGCUACCAUAUUUUGGCCUACGGUACGGCAUUGGUUGAGCAUGACGCGGAGAAAAAUGGGGUUGAAAGGGAAGAGGGCUCCGCAGACAAGAGAUGUUGAUGCUUAACGACCGUCAUUUGGGUAAUACACUGCCUACUAUGGAAGUAAGCCGUGUCGUUUAUCGUCUCGCCUUUAGAGGCUUCUUUAUUUCAUCCCGUUUCUGAUCUAGGAAUAUACGCUUUCUCGAAUAAGACGUCUCAGAUCACUACGCAGAAUUUAGUUGUACCAUGUCCACUUGGGCAUGGAGUGACUAAGUCAC